AGAUGUCUGAAACGAGAAGAAAGUUGGGAUGGCUAUGGUGAGUGAUGGUAAAAGUCGACCACAUCCAAUACGAUUAAAACUCUCAGGAAAUACAUUGGUUCUUCAAAAAGAAGAAAUUAUUGAUUCUCCUAAUUCCAAGAGCCAGAAAGUGGAACCUCCUAAAGAUUCUAGUGAGAGGGUAGUAACCCUAGGUCGACAGAAGGUUGGAGGCUUAGGACUUAGCAUCAAGGGUGGUGCCGAACACAAGCUCCCAAUUCUCAUUUCUCGUAUUUUCAAAGAUCAAGCAGCCGACCAGACUCGCCAGUUGUUUGUAGGUGAUGCCAUCAUUAUG